GUGUCUUCCUUCCGGCUUGUCGGCAGCGCGGAGCUCAGCAUGGACAGCCAGGGACGGAAGGUGGUCGUCUGUGACAACGGCACCGGGUUUGUCAAGUGCGGCUAUGGAGGCUCCAACUUCCCAGAGCACAUCUUCCCUGCGCUCGUUGGGAGGCCCAUCAUUCGCUCGACAGCCAAAGUCGGAAACAUUGAGAUCAAGGACCUGAUGGUAGGCGAUGAGGCCAGCGAGCUGCGCUCCAUGCUGGAGGUCAACUACCCGAUGGAGAACGGCAUCGUCAGGAACUGGGACGACAUGAAGCACCUGUGGGACUACACCUUCGGCCCGGAGAAGCUCAACAUCGACUCCCGCAACUGCAAGAUCCUGCUCACCGAGCCGCCCAUGAACCCCACCAAGAACCGCGAAAAAAUCAUUGAGGUGAUGUUUGAGACCUACCAGUUUUCAGGAGUCUACAUUGCGAUUCAAGCUGUGCUGACUCUCUACGCCCAAGGCCUUCUGACCGGUGUGGUGGUGGACUCGGGGGACGGUGUGACACACAUCUGUCCGGUGUACGAGGGCUUCAGCCUGCCUCAUCUGACGAGACGCCUGGACAUCGCAGGCCGGGACAUCACCCGUUACCUCAUCAAGCUGUUGUUGUUGAGGGGCUACGCCUUCAACCACUCUGCAGACUUUGAGACGGUGCGCAUGAUGAAGGAGAAGCUUUGCUACGUGGGCUACAACAUCGAGCAGGAGCAGAAGCUGGCGCUGGAGACCACCGUGCUGGUGGAGUCGUACACGCUGCCAGAUGGUCGUUUGAUUAAGGUGGGAGGAGAGCGGUUCGAGGCCCCCGAGGCUCUGUUCCAGCCCCACCUCAUCAACGUGGAGGGCGUCGGAGUGGCCGAGCUCCUCUUCAACACCAUCCAGGCGGCCGAUAUAGACACCAGGUCCGAGUUCUACAAACACAUUGUUUUAUCGGGAGGAUCCACCAUGUACCCGGGUCUGCCGUCUCGUCUGGAGAGGGAACUCAAGCAGCUGUACCUGGAGCGCGUGCUCAAGGGCGACGUGGACAAGCUUUCGAAAUUCAAGAUCCGGAUCGAGGAUCCUCCCCGGCGAAAGCACAUGGUGUUCCUGGGCGGAGCCGUGCUGGCAGACAUCAUGAAGGACAAGGACAACUUCUGGCUGACCCGGGAGGAGUACCAGGAGAAAGGAGUCCGCGUGCUGGAGAAGCUGGGAGUCACCGUCAGAUAGAGCAACCCGGAGACACACACACACACACACACACACACACACACACACACACACACACACACACACACACCCUCGCUCACAUCGCAGAGUAUAUAUCUAUUUAUCCCUCUUCUUCUUCUCUCUCUCGGCUCUUGAUGCUCCUCAAACAUCAGAGGGAAUCGAGCCUCCUCCUCCUCCUCCUCCUCUCUUCUCUCCUGGUUUGGGAUUUGCUCACCCUUCACUCACAGGCAGAUUCAAACUGAAAGGGUGAAUGUUGUCCUGCUGGUGUAUUUUUUUUUUUUUUUUUGGAGGGUUUCACUCUUGCAGAAGGUUUCAAAAACGUGAUGGGGAAUCUGCUUUCUCUUUACCUCUGAAAUCGGUUUGUUUGUGAGUUAAACUUGCAGCGGGUGUUUUUCAAAAAGUCCCCUCCCUCGUUUCAAACCAUCCAGACGGGAUGAAACCGAUGCAAAGUUUCUGUAAUAUCACAAUCAGGGUCCUGCACAAACCGCCACGUCAUCUGUUCCAGGUGAGCGAGAACUGAUCGCAUUUUUAUGUCGUCUUUAAUUUUUUUUUUUAUAAACGAUAUCAUAACUUUCUUUUGUUCUGUUCUGGGAGAGGGAUUACUUUUUUGUUCUGCUUUUAACUUUUCAAUUUAUCAUUUUUCGUUGACUUUUAGUUGCUGUGCACUACUACCAUUGUAAAUGGAGUGUAUCGUGGUAACAGAAGCUCCUCCAUGUUUUCUUUUUAUAUGAUGAAGGAUUGGUUGAUCUACAAAGGGACAAGUACACAAAGGAAAGCCCCGGAGCUUUACAUAGAGUGUGUGAUGGUACUUUAUUCGGGGGGGUUUGUGGGUGGAGAUUGAUGUAGGGUUAGGGGGGGUGCUACUAUAUGUUCCUCAUCAGUUGGCCUUCAUCUCUGCCUCCUCUCUGGGUGUAAAUCUUGAGCUUAAUGAACAAGCACUGAGCAGUUGUAGCAGUAUCACAAACUGUGACGACGGCGUAACACCUCAGCAGUCGCAGGCUGACGAUGAGAUCCAUCUGAAGAAAACAAAAAACGGUUGAAAUACUGUUGAGACAAUGUUUAAGUCCUCCAGUCUUUCAGUCCCAACGGUCGACUUAAUGAUCACUGGAGGCUCUUCUAUUUUGAGAAUUGAAAAAUGUGUAUAUUUUUCUUUUCCUCUUUCCACGAACGUUUAUCCAGUGCCAAGUGCGGUUAAUGUUAACUGGAUCUCUCGUGUUUUAAUGUCUUUUUCUUUUUUUGUCACUGUUUUUAUUUUCCUGUGUUUGUUCAUAGCAUAACUGCCUAACGCUGAUUUAAAUAAAGAAAAGUGAUUU